AUGGACGCUAUCUUGGCUCGCGUAGGCGUAAGCGACACAGCGCUUCGUGCGCACUGUUCGAAUGCCGUCCACGAUGAGCUGCAGCAGGCGGAAAAGAGAUUGCAAAAAGCGCUGGCAGCUCUGAAGCGCGCGCUGGAAGUGGCUGAGGCUUCGCGGGAGUUGUACAAGUCUUCACAAGCGCUGGUGGACGAGUCGCCCGACGUUUCCAGCAUGCUCUCGCGUGUU